UCCGGAGCAUACCUUGCGCCUACGCUGUACACGAAGGUACGGUGGCGGCGGCCCGGUGUGCGGCGGCGGGCCCGGCCAGUGCGCAUGUGCCCACGGCCGAGCGGCACGCAAGCUGGGCUCACGGAGUCGAGCGCCAGCUGCACACGGACCCGGUAGUCGGCGCCGAGCCGGCCGCGCUGCCGCCGCCGCAACUCCGGGGGCCAUGCGACCCAGCGCCGGUCAGCUGAUCGCCGCGGGUCUCGCGGCUCGUCGGGUUGCCUGAGGUGCUUCUCCCAGCUGACGCCCAAUUCGCUUUCGCUUCUGCUGAUACCUUUCGCUUCUGCUGACACUCCAAGCGUCACGUGAUGGCCCAGACGGCGGCGCGGGAAGCACGGACUUGCAGUUUCGAUUGUGCCACGUGUCGCGAGUUGAUGCGGCGGGACGCUCCGGAGACGGACGGAUCGAAAAGCACGAUUAACUCGUGUACUCUGAAAGAUCGUUGCGGGCACGGAGACAGCGACGACCUUUCAAGGCUCAUGGACCGUUGCUGGACGAGCAGCCCCACAAGAAGGCCCGACUUCCGGGAGCUUAAGGACGUCAUACGGAGGCUAAACAAGCUUCCGUGCAGCGCGAGCGAGGCGCUGCUGGAGGCGCUGGUGGGCCGGCUGGAGCAGUACGCCAGCAGUCUCGAGUCCCUGGUCGAGGAACGCACCGCUGACUACCUCGAACAAAAGCGGAAGGCCGAGGACCUCCUCUACCAGCUGCUGCCCAAGCCGGUGGCCAGCCAGCUGAUCAAGGGUGACGCUGUGACGGCGGAGUCCUUCGAGAGCGUCACGAUCUACUUCAGCGAUAUCGUGGGCUUUACCACUCUCUCUGCGCAAAGCACGCCAAUGCAGGUGGUAAACCUGCUGAACGACCUGUACACGUGCUUCGACUCCAUCAUCGAGGAGUUCGACGUAUACAAGGUGGAGACCAUCGGCGACGCGUACAUGGUGGUGUCGGGAAUUCCGGUGCCCAAUGGCGACCUGCACGCGCGAGAGAUUGCGCGCAUGUCCCUCGCCCUCCUGCACAACGUGCGAUCAUUCACCAUCCACCACCGGCCUCAGGAGCAACUACGAUUGCGCAUCGGCCUGCACACAGGACCCUGCGUGGCAGGUGUGGUUGGACUGAAGAUGCCUCGGUACUGCCUGUUCGGGGACACGGUCAACACCGCCUCGCGCAUGGAGUCUUCAGGAAUGGCGUUGAAGAUCCACGUAAGCUCGGCGACAAAGUCAGUGCUCGACAAUUUCAAGACAUUCCGGCUGGAGCUUCGCGGAGAAGUGGAACUCAAGGGCAAAGGAAUGGAGACGACGUAUUUCCUACUGGGCGAAGACCCGCCACCUACACGGAUGCUGGAGCCUGGGCCAAAGAUUAGGUGUGGCCAAGCUGGACAGCGGCAAGGUUCCUGAGAAACAACCCCCGUGGUGGCGUGUUUGUAGACAUGAACUGGAUACGCAACAUUCUUAUUGUUCAUCUCCAACUCUUCGAGAUACUUCCGGACUUCCAGAGCUGUGCAUCAUAUUUUUGUUUUUCUGCGCACUUUUUCUGACCCGUGCCCGCGCGCCAACGCUCUAUUGCGUCAGCGACGGCAUCAGCACUUCCACCAUGUCGAUAGUGAAGAACAAUCCCAAUAUGCGCCGCCUGUAAGUUCGGGCGAUGGAGGUGAGUACCUCGAUACAAGAGAGGAAAUGAAAUAUUG